UCUCCCUCCCUCCCUCUCUCUCCCUAACGGGACUUUAAGGCGACACAUCGCCGCCUUUCUCUCUCUCUCUCUCCUCUCUCGCUGUUUUGUGGGAUGCUCUGGUUGGAUGAGCCCUCGCAUCGGAGUCACCACCAUUACAUCAUCUAUUCCCACACAGCCUAACGCGAAAUGCGAGCUUUUUAAUAUUUAAACGGGAUCCCGAUUCAGUUUCAGACCGAGCGGCAGCAGCAGCAGCAGCAGAAGCAGCAGCAGACGGGGCCGCGCGCUCUCCCUAUAAAGGACCGUCUGUGGGGAUUAUGAAAAACACAUCAACAAAAUCUGCGGGAAUGAUGGCGUUUCAAUGAGCGGGGAGGAGAGGAGGGGGAGAGGAGGAGAGACGUGCACCGUCAUCAGCAUCUGUCCGCCAGCUCCCUUUGUGUUCACCGGAGAAUGUGAAUGGCGAAAGAUGACAUGGCAGAGGUAGAUUUGGCAUCAAGCGGAGCGGAACCCCCCGGCGAGGCCUCCUCGGCGUUUCCCUACGAGGAGUAUGAAUGCAAAAUCUGCUACAAUUACUUCGACCUUGACCGCCGGGCUCCGAAGAUCCUGGAGUGCCUGCACACGUUUUGCGAGGAGUGCCUGAACACGCUUCACCUCCGGGAGGAGCGGCCAUGGCGCAUCAGCUGCCCCGUCUGUCGCCACCGGACUCCGGUGCCGGAUUAUCGGAUACAAAACCUGCCCAACAACACCAAGGUGACGGAGGAUUUUCCGCUCUACAUCGACUCGGACCCCCUGCCUCAGGACGCUUUGCCGCCGUACCCUCCCCCGCUGCACCCAGCCCUCGUCGCCCUCCGUCGAGAGGAGGCGUCGGGGACGUCCAGCACCAGCCAGGCGACCCCGUCCACCACGGUGUCCACGGCCACGACCCUCUCCCAGGACUCGGUGCGCUACGACAGCUGUCAGAGCUGCAAGAGGGUCGCUCUGACCACCGGCUGCGUCUGCGUGAUCUUCUCCUUUCUGUCCAUGCUGGUGUUGCUGUUCAUGGGCCUGAUCUUUGUGCACAGUCACAGCAUUCCUCCCUCGCCGGCGGGACCCAUUUGCUUGUCGGUGGCCAGCAUCCUGGCUAUGUUCUCGGUGGUCGUCACAUGGCUCAUCUGCUGGCUCAAAUACAGACCGGACCAUGAGACAGGCCGCUCCUCCGCCACCAGUAACUCCCGGAGAAACGCCUGAUAGGCUCAGAGACUAUUGAUGGAGAUGUUGUGCUGUGGGGUGUGUGAUCCUGUACAUAAUACUGACAACUGAUACUCCUGCUCCCUUUACUUUUCUAGGAAUAAAUCCAGUCCAGAAUGGCCUUUUAUCAGUAUAGCAAACACCCAAAGGCCUUCGAGUUGUUUGGAGCAAUAGGCCGACAUGAUCCUUGAUAAUCUUUUCCUUAACUUAUGCACUUGAAUUUGCAGUAAGGCCCAGCUGACUGGGCAUCUGGAGGAGUGAACUGAAGACUCAGACCCCCCUGGCGUUGGUCUGAGAUGUGGCUGGUUUUGAUGACUGAAUGUGAAGUGCUCAUUUCCCGGGUUUGACCCCCCCCCCCUUCCCCUCCCCACCCCUGUC